ACAGAUCUCUAGUUUGUCGUCGACUUGCGGAGAGAGGAAUCCACGCUUGUCGCCCUCGCAAGAAGCCGCUAUUGAUGGCCAAACAUCGACGUUUCCGAUUAAUGACGACCGGUCUUGCAGGCACAGUACUGUACAGAACUAUACUUGAAGAUAACAGCACAAAAGAAAUCUAAAAGAGGAGACAGGAAGUGUGAUUACCAAGUAGAGUUCUCCAUUUCUUGAUGGCAUUUGAAGCCAUUAGUUCUAUUGCCACCGAUGGUCUGCUUGUCAUAAAGUCAAGGAGAUUCCUGAAAAUAUCAACUUCAUCACACUCAAGAUCUGUAAGGGUUUAUCGUUUUGGUAUUGUGCAUGCAAGUAUCGCAGUCUGUUGAUGUGGACUGCAUUGGAAGCAAGGGAGAACCGGGUGUCCCCGGAGUGCCAGGUCCUCCAGGAAGACAGGGACCAGUAGGAAAACAAGGAGCACCAGGAAUUGCUGGCGGCACCGGCUUAAAGGGUGAGGUAGGAGCCGAAGGUCCGGUUGGUCCACCAGGCAAACAGGGAGUACAAGGUGUGAUGGGUCCUACAGGUCCAACCGGGCCUCAAGGCCCUCCAGGGAAAAGUGUUGUGGGUACACCAGGACCCAGAGGUCCUCCAGGACUGACGGGACGUGGAGAGAAGGGAGAACGAGGAAUGAUAGGUCCAAGAGGACUGGCUGGAUUAGACGGCAUUCCAGGUGCUGCAGGUCCCAUUGGACCCUUAGGAUCACGUGGACCAUUAGGAGUGAAGGGUGAUCGUGGAUUACCCGGAGCAAAGGGAGAAGCCGGACCACAAGGUCGUCCCGGUGCAGAGAUGAGUGAAGAUGUGUUGAAAGUCUAUUUUUCUCCAGUCAAGGGACUGGCAGAGAGGAUGAAACAACUGGAGGAUUGGAAAGAAGAGUGGACAAAGAAUGAGAGUAGAAUGAAUGAGAGUAGAGUGACUGUUGCAGCACAUCUUGUAGGAUCAUCAGCCAGUUGGCAUACUAUAUCAGGUGUGAUAACCUACUGGCAAACAAGCAGUCCAUCAUUCUUACUGGGUGGCAUCACAUACAGCAAUGGAGCUCUUACAAUUCCAUCUGAUGGUGUUUACUAUAUUUAUAUACAUCUCUACUUAGACCAAAAUAGUGGCAGUCAUAUUACACCUUACAUCAGAGUAAAUGGCAAACGUGUUUUACUCAUCCACAGUUACCAUGCUCAUAGUGAACAGAAAACCAAGCAUGCUGGUCUACUUCAGCAGCUGAAAAAAGGUGAUAUCGUUGACAUCUAUGGUGGAGGAUAUCGACACUACAUGGGCUUUGCUCAUUCGGAUUUUGGUAUUUUUAAGAUCGACUAGCUGGGAACAUGUUGUUGACAAUGAGAAUGUCAAUUACCUAAGUGAUAAGUGUGAGUGUCAAAUGACUGUCCACCUGAUCUUGAUAUAAUAAAUAGUUGUGACUGUUUAUGUUGGACUGUAGUGUGACCAUUCAACCCUAAUUUGUGUUUGUAGUUUCAUUUCUGUUUAGUUCCAUUUCUAUAUUAUUAGCAAUAAAUGUUCAUCUCUUUGUCUCA